UAUUUUUUUCAACUUGAACUUCCUUCAGGGGUAUCUGGCCCUGAAAGCAUUGCCUUUGAUUGUAAUAGAGAUGGUCCUUAUACUGGCAUCUCGGAUGGUAGAAUUUUAAAAUGGCAAGGUUCGAAACAUGGAUGGAAGGAGUUUGCAAUCACUUCCCCAUUCAGGAUUCCUGAAUUUUGUGAUGGAUCAGCCAACCCUGCAAUGGAACAAGUAUGUGGAAGACCAUUGGGUCUUAAAUUCAAUGAAGCGACAUGUGAUCUUUACAUUGCAGAUGCUUAUUUUGGGCUAUUGGUGGUUGGGCGCAAUGGUGGAGUUGCCAAACAAGUAGCCAUUAGUGUAGAAGGAGUCCCAUUUCGAUUCACUAAUGCUUUGGACAUUGAUCAAAACACUGGAGUUGUCUAUUUUACCGAUACUAGCACCAUAUUCCAAAGAUGGGCUUAUGCAAUAGCAAUGCAAACUGGGGAUAAGACCGGAAGGUUACUAAAAUAUGAUCCAAGGACCAAAGAAGUGACAGUGUUGCUAAGAGGCUUAUCCUUUUCAAAUGGGGUCGCAUUAAGCAAAGAUAAAGAUUUUGUUUUAGUUACUGAAACGACUGCCGCCAAAGUCACAAGAUAUUGGCUCCAAGUUCAUAAGGGAUUAACUGCUGAAUUUGAUGAGGGUCAUGAAAUGUUUGAUUAUGGAAAACACAUUUUCCUUCUAUGA